AUGUCCAUUCUUAUAGCGGUCGUAAAAUUUCUGGUCGCAAUUGCACUUUGUAACGCGAUGACGAUGAAACAAAUAAAAUCAACGGGAAAGAUGAUGCGAAAAACCUGUCAACCAAAAAAUAAUGUUGCAGAUGAGAAAAUCGAUCCUUUGAGUGAGGGGGUAUUCAUAGAAGAGAAAGAGGUCAUGUGUUAUGUAGCUUGUAUCAUGAAGAUGGCUAAUGCGGUGAAAAAUAAUAAACUUAACUACGAAGCAGCGAUGAAACAAGCAGAUUUACUUUUUCCAGAGGAAAUAAAGCAACCAGCUAAAGAUGCAAUAACGGCUUGCAAAAAAGUUUCGGAAUCAUACAAAGAUAUCUGCGAGGCAUCAUUCUACGUGACUAAGUGCAUUUACAACCACAACCCUGCAAUUUUUUAUUUCCCUUAACAAUAAAAUUUAUGGGUACAUGAA